UUAAACAUCGUAAAAUCACUUAAUACAUACACUUAAUAUUUACACUAAUUAUUAUUGUACAGGAUUUACAUACUUGAACCUCUACAUUAUUGUAUUUGUAGUAAAUAAUUUAUAAAACUGUAACUUUGAAAAUGGUGGAAGAACCGAAUCUUAAUUCAAGUAAACCCAAAGCGAAAACUACCCGUCCCAAAGCUAUAUAUUUAUGGACAGAAGCCGACGUCCAAAAGUGGCUUCGACGCCACUGUAGUGAUUAUUAUCAUAUGUACUGGGAGAGUUUUCACGAGCAUGACAUAACAGGUAGAGCUCUAGUCCGUAUCAAUGACAACACAUUACUUCGAAUGGGUAUCAACAACAAAGAUCACAGGGAAGCCAUAUGGAGGGAAAUCUUAAAACUUAGACUGAAAGCUGACAUAGUUGAGAUCCGUGAUUUAGAACGUAGGCAUAACUAUUUUAAUUAUGACUUGUGACAGGAGGAGCCUCUAGUUGAGGAACCGAAGACAAUUGAACAAAUAACAUCACAGCUUACUGUAUGGGGAUACCUGAGUAAUUACAUAUACACUAAGUGCAAUGCAUUUGUACGUUUUCUCCGUGCCUUAGUAGAGAUAUUCAGAGUAUUCAAUGCUUUACAGAGGUGACAACUAUAAUCUGCAGCCGAUAGGGCUAACUCACUUUAUUCACUCGCUAAAUUCCAUAGUGAUAAUCCAGAAGCUACCUACUGUAGGAGAUUUAAUUUAUACUAUAUGUCAUAAAUAUGAUUGAAGUUUUAGAUUUCAGACAGACGUUAACUAAAAUGUCAAUAAUGCUUUACCGUAUUACUGUGUUCAUACAUAGAAUGGCUGUGGUUAUAUUAUUUGUUAAUCUAUGUUUUUAGUAUUUCCGAACUGAUAUUAGUGCACCUUGAUGUAUAUUAGUAAAUGCUCACAGCUAUUAGAGUUUGUAGGUUCUAUUUAUCCUGACAGUCCUGCCAGUCAAUAGUAAUAAAAUCUUGUGUGACUAUUAGCUAAUUAGUGACUUUGUUAGCUAAUUAGCUUGAACAGAUUAUGCAAGUUUGUUGUACCACUUGUUUUAUGAAUGUGCAAAGAUUUAAAAAAAACUGUUUAUAAUCAGUCAGUAUAAACAUACGUUUUGAAAAAGAAAAAAAUACGACAAACAAGACCUAAUAUGUAAUGCAGUUAAAUGCUUGAGCAAUCAGAAUUUGACAAAAUUUCUGACAUUGAAAUCAUUUUUUGUCGUUUAUACGGUGGGUUCAGCCCAAUAGACAUACAUGCAAAUGUCUCAUUUGAAUGUUAAUUCAUCUUGUACCCUUAGAUUUAAAAGUCAAGAUGGGAAUUAAUGUCAGGGUUAAGUUAGAAAAUGAUAAGCACCUAAUGAAACUAGAUGAAAGAUUGAGAAGAAGCAGCAGUAAUAAAAUAAAAAAAAAAUACAAAAUCAACUUCUUGUUGAUUUGUUUAUUUUAAAACACAUCAGUGUGUUUCGUCCGAUUCCUUUUCAAAAUUUAUAUGAUGUUGUUAGUGCUCAAUUUAAUUUAAAGGAAAUACUAUUUUAUAAAUAAAUAAAAAAUUACUUAACAAAAAUGAUAAAUUUAUUUAUAUGUUAUUGUAAUUUUUUUAUAAUAUACUUAUUUUUAGUGAGUGGUGCUGCUGUUGUAUUAAGUGUUGGACUGAAGUUUUAAAAAGUAUUUAGUGUUGCAUUAUUAUUACUUUUAAUGUUCAUUUUGAUGGAAUUCAAAGGAGGUGGGCUAUUUAAAAAAAUGUUAAUAAAAUAGAUUUUAUUUUUUGUGAUCUUUUUUAAUGAAUCACUCAAUUUUAAUGUCAAUUUUGUGAAAAUACUUGAAGCCUAUUGUGUAUAUGUUUACAAUAAGUGAAAAAGUUAUACACUAAGUUGUAUUACUCAAUCUUUUAAUUUAUUUGAUACAAAUUACUAAUAUCUGCAACAUUUGAAACUAAACUAAAUAAUUAUUUUAAUACGUAAUGUAUAUUCCUUCCAUGCUUUAAUUUAACCUUGUAAUGAAUUCCUUCCGAUAAAAUUAAAGAUAAGAUUAGUGAUUUA